UCUCGCUCGCACGAGCCUGGAACAGAGAGAGAAACGUAUGCUAUAUAAACAGAAGCGAUGAGAGGAAAAUUAUCAUUUACAUCUGAGCCACCUUCACGAUGACUUCACAAUCAACAUCUUCUCCAUCAUACAUCCUGCCGGAUAGCCCGCCGCAGCGCGUGCUCAACUAUUGGCAGCAGCAGAAAGCUCGCAGCUCGGCUGCCACCUCCGCUGCCACGGCUGCCGCCUCCGCUGUCUCCCCAGCCUCCUCCUCCGCCUCACCCCUGAAGAGACAGGGAAUCUACGUUCAACGAGAGAGGGGUGAGGAGAUCGUGAUUCCGGACAGUCCUCUGCCACAAUCUACACCGACUACCUGGGCGCCGCGGCGUGCGGUGCUGACAACGCUGAGCAACAACAUCAAGCAGAAGCAGGGGAAGAGGAGGCUAGUUUUCGAGGACGAGGGCGUGCUCACUCAAUCAAAGAAACGUGUGCCGGAAGAGCACGAGAACUCAUCCAUAGUGCCGCUGAUGGAGGAGGUGCAACGAAGGGAGGAGGAGGAGGAGGAGGAGGAGGAAGUGGAGAUAGAGAACGAGAUGGAAUCAGAGAACUUCCUGAGAUUAUUAAAUAGUCGGACUGAGAAGCCAUGGACGCCUCUGCGUGAGCUGGAAGAGGGCUUACCUUAUCCAAUAUGCGACGUGAGAGAGGCGUCCAACCAGCACGGACGGCGAAUUGUGCUCAAAAUCCGGGUACCGGGGCUAAGAACAACGGAUGUGUAUCUUCCAGAAAGAUUUAGCCGGAUUUUGAGCACAAAAGACAUUGAAAAUUUCAAAAUAAAGUGUAAAACAUUAUCUCUGUUUGUAAAGCAUGUUAAUGCUUUCAUCACCGACAUAAAAAUUGUUAAAUUCUAAUGUCGGUAAGCAUCUAGCAUUAACAUGCUUUACAUGUUAUUAUUAUGUAUGUGUGAAUAGAUAAAUAAAAUGUAAUAUUGUUUCUAUAAAAAUUGUUUUCAAUUCUUACCUGUUGUUGUUGUUGUUGAUAAGUUCGUAAUGAAUAGUAGAAACACGCAGAAGAAGAAAUGCUGCUUCACCUGCUCUGUUGUGAAUGAUAUUUAAAUAA